UUCCCAGCAUAUUUAGUUGCUCAUCAUCACGAUGCUCUUUUUGCUGUGAUCUGCGGAGAGAAAUGCUUUUUCCUUCUGACAUCAGAUGGUGGCACCCCGAAAAGUCGAACUAACCAUCCUGUCAGUUUGAUCCGGAUCGUGUCCGAUUGCGGUCGAUUACUUGCCUGGCAAACGUGAAAAUUCGCGGUUUGGUGGAAAUUCUCUAGAGCUGACUGCUGGCGUGUGACCGCGUUCGGUUAUUAAUGGUGCGGCGCUCGAGAUUCGAUACUUGCGAUGUGGUACUUCGAAUGGAAAUGAACCAUCUGUUAGCCGUCUCUCACGAUUGGCAGAAUAAAGUUCAUCCUGACGAUAUUUAAUUAAUGAGAAGAUUAAUGUGCCACGGUGCUACGGAUUAGCUGGAUCAUAAUUGUUCGUGUCUAAUUAACGGCCGUCAUAAAAUGUGAUUGGGUUCCUGUAACGUGUUUCUAUAGUGUGUUGAAAUUUUCUGUAAUAAUCAGUGAUUGUUGCAUUGGAUUAAGCUGUGAAAAUGUCUUCAUCUCCGGAAAACGGAACCAUGCUGAUGGAACACUUUAAAAAAAUCGACGUUAAAGUGGUCAAAGGAGAUGAACACGAAAGUUGGUCCACAAGAUUAAUGAAAUUUUGGGGGCGGUUGCAUCUCAAGAGAGCACUUUCACACGUGGGCUUACUGCUGUCGCUGGCCACAUACUGCGGUGUUGGAGGACUGAUAUUUCAAAAAUUGGAGCUUCCGGCCGAAAUCGAGAGGACACAGAAUCUGCGUGAAUCUUUGAUCGAACAGCGCGAACAAUUCAUCUACUCCAUAGUGAACAACACCGAUGUACGAAAUCUGCAAACACUUUUCUCACUGGAGUUGGAAAAAUACGAAAAGAUUGUGCAAGAUGCAGCCCAGGGAGGCAUUUCCAUCGAUGUGGGGAGCAAUUUCCCAGUUAGUUCCGAAAAAUGGAGCAUCCUACAGGCCGUGUUUUUUGCAUCGACCGUACUGACCACGAUUGGCUAUGGAAACAUUGUUCCCGUUACAAACAGCGGGCGAAUAUUUUGCAUCUUGUAUGCUCUCAUCGGAAUUCCUCUGACGUUGACCGUGAUUGCCGACUGGGGACGGCUGUUUGCCACUGCAGUUUCCUCGGUUGGAAAGCACUGGAAAUCCAUUUUGCCAAUUGCUCGAUUCUGUCCAGACAUAGGCCUAAAGAUGUCGGAUAAGAAAUGGUUCUACGCCGUCGGAGCGGUAUGCUUUCUGGGAGUGUACUUGGCAGCCGGAACAGGACUCCUGCUCCUGUGGGAAGAAGAAUGGACGUUCUUCGAUGGUUACUAUUUCUGUUUCAUCACUAUGACGACAAUUGGCUUCGGAGACCUUGUUCCCAGUAAACCGAACUACAUGCUUCUGUGCACAUUAUACAUUCUGGUGGGACUGGCCCUUACAUCCACAAUCAUCGAGCUCGUACGGCGCCAAUACGCGCAAAGUUGGCAGAAACUUCAGGCACUUUCCGGCCCACUAGCGGAAACGUUACGAAGGCUUGGUGAAUCCGCGGGAACGGGAAUCGACGUUACGGCACUUCACAACGAUCUCCGGCGCGUGCUAACGGUGGUUUCGAUGCCUCGCCGUCAUGGUAGCAAGAAGAACGAUCCCAGUGAAAUCGCUGCUUUGGAAGCGAUUACCAAUGCCAUUCUUCAGGAUAUCAAGGAUAAGCAAGAGAACAAAGAAACACCGAAGCUGGUUCAAAUAGUUAUCUACGAAUCCUCGGUCUAGAUUCCGUUAUUCUAUUGGUCUAACUCGAAUGAUUGUGAAUUUUGUGUGACGUAAAAUGUAUUAGAUUCCGAAAUUAGCUCUAUCUGUGGAAAUAGAAACAGGCAGUGAUGAC